GUAAUGUUAUUUGGUUUUCAAAGUACUAAAAAAAUGAGUUCUUUUGAUUUUUUCAAUAGACUUGGAGUGUUUUGAUUAAUGGUGGUUCUUCUUCUAAUCACACUCUUGCAGAAGAUGGUGGUGAUGAUGAAUGUCUUUGAUGAGAUAGCAAAGGAGAGAGUGAUUCGCACAGUAGCUAGCUGUUCAGGAAUUACAACUAUUACAAUGGAUUCAAAAGAAGGGAAGUUAACGGUGAUUGGUGAGUUUGACGAAAUGCAGAUUCUCAAAAAACUCAAAAAGAGAUGGGAGAGUGCGAAAAUGGUGACAUUUGGCCCGUUCGAUCCGAAGAAGGAAGCGGAAACCGCUGCAGCUGCGGAAAAGAAGAAGAAAGAAGAAAGUGAACGUGAAGCUCUUUACCGGUCUCAGGCUUACCGUGAAAUUCCGGUAUGUCCUUCGCAUCAUCACACUACUAUUGUGUGCGAUCAUGAUCACGGCUGUAUAAUCUCUUAAUAUUUUCAGUAUGGUAAUUCUCUGAUUAGUUAGAAGUUACUUGUGUUAUUGAUGUAUUUAUUUCACUAUGAUAUUACUUGUGUUAAACUCAAGGAUUCGUAAUUA